UUCCUUGAGAUAGCAGUGUGGUGGCAGAGCUGCAGGAACAAGAGACCAGGGGAGCCGGGGGAUCUGGAGGCGAGGAACAGAGAAGCCAACCUUGAAGGAAAGGAGGUGAAAGCAUUAGGCACCAGGACAUGGAGCCAGGGGUGUGCGGCAGGGCUCACAGGCUGGUGGGCAGGCUCUGGACCACCAUCAGCAAGCCACUGUUCGCGGAGUUCCUGGCCACGGGGCUGUAUGUGUUCUUUGGCGUGGGCUCAGUCCUGCCCUGGCCCUCGGGGCUUCCCUCGGUCCUGCAGAUUGCCAUCACCUUCAACCUGGCCACAGCCACGGCGGUGCAGGUCAGCUGGAAGACCAGCGGGGCCCACGCCAAUCCUGCUGUGACGCUGGCCUACCUUGUGGGCUCCUAUAUCUCUCUGCCCCGGGCUAUAGCCUACGUGGCUGCCCAGCUGGCAGGGGCCACUGUCGGGGCAGCUCUGCUUUAUGGGGUCACUCCAGGAGACGUACGAGGAAGCCUCGGGAUCAACGUGGUCAAAAACAGCACCUCCACGGGCCAGGCGGUGGCAGUGGAGCUGAUCCUGACCCUGCAGCUGGUGCUCUGUGUCUUUGCAUCCAUGGAUAGCCGGAAGACCUUGGCCUCCCCCGCCGCCAUGAUUGGGACUUCUGUGGCACUGGGCCACCUCAUUGGGCUCUACUUUACUGGCUGCUCCAUGAACCCAGCACGCUCCUUUGGUCCUGCUGUCAUUGUUGGGAAGUUCACAGUCCACUGGAUCUUCUGGGUGGGACCCCUCACCGGAGCUGUUCUGGCUUCGCUGAUCUACAACUUCAUCCUGUUCCCUGACACCAAGACUGUGGCCCAGCGACUGGCCAUUCUCAUGGGCACCACAGAAGUGGAGAAAGCCAGAGACAUGGAGCCCCAGAAGAAAGAAACCCAGCCUCGCUCAGAGGACAACGAAGUGGGCGUGUGACGCAACACAGCCCUGGGUCCCUGUGGCACGAGGGAAGAGGCCAACAAGUGACCACACGCCCUGUGUGCCUGACUUGAGGUUUUCCUGGUUGGAGGUGGGGCGGGAUUACAAGGCUUGGCCCCAUGUCCUAACAGGGUGGGCUGGGCUAGGGACCAUCUCUACCUCUAGAGUUGCACUUCCUUCUUCCUCUUCCCUCCCUCCCUCUCUCCCUCUUCCAUUCUUGCCCAGAUUGGCCUUGAACUCCCAAUUCUCCCACUUCAGCCUACAGAGUAGCUGGGACUAUAUGCCAACGUGCUCAAUUUCCACAUUCAGAGAAUCUUGGAGCAAAUCCAUCCUGGGUACUCCCGCAGGCCUUUCUGUUUUCUUUAGUGCUUUGUUUUGUUUUUUAAUCAGCAGACAAAGAAACGUGUGUCAUGUCAUUUUCAUUCAUACUUCGUUUUUGUUGAUGGUCUUCCCUACUCCCCUCCCCUCCCCACCACACAGUACACACUCUUCCGCUUUCAUUUCCCAUGUAUAUUCUAUUACUUUAAAAAUUAUUAUUAUUAUUAUUAUUUUAUUUUGUUUUUUCCAGGGUCUCACUCUGGCCCAGGCUGACCUGGAAUUCACUAUGUAGUCUCAGGGUGGCCUUGAACUCACAUGAUCCUCCUACCUCCGCCUCCUGAGUGCUGGGAUUAAAGGUGGGCGCCACCAUGACCCGGCUUCUAUUACUUUCCCCUGCCCCUUUCACAACCCAACCUUAGGCCCUUUCUGUUCCCUCUCAUGGUCUCAUUUCCAGUUCAUGACCUCUAGCCCAGGCUGACCUAGAAUUCACUAUGUAGUCUCAGGGUGGCCUCAAACUCUCAGCAAUCCUCCUACCUCUGCCUCCCGAGUGCAGGGAUUAAAGACGUGAGCCACCAUGCCUGGCUCCUUUUUCCUGUUUCUUAAAGGAUGCUGGGCUUCCAGAUCCCUGUCUUAGGAGGAAGGGGAACUGGAGUACAGGCAGCCACUCUAGUUGGGCUCUCACCAGGGGGCCUCAGGGCACCCUAGCUACACUCCACAUGGAGCCCUUGGGGAGGAGGGAAUAGCCUCUGAGACUCUUAGAGGAAUUUCUCUGCCCUUUUGUACAGCUUAGGAGUCACAAUUCCCCAUCGCACACAGGGCUUAUUGGAGACAGAGACUGCCCUUCUAAGAGACCUUCAUUCCUGCUUUCUCCCAAAUGCUCAGGAGAGUCCCCAUCCUUGGGCAGAGCUGACACAAAGGAACCUUUCUGUGGGUUGACAAAGAAGGGAACAUUGGGCCACACAGGCCUGUCCCAGAACCAGCUUUCCUCAAGAGCUUGCCCCUCAGCAGGAAACCUCUAUUCUCUGUCUUCAGCUCAUGACCUAGGCUGGAGGAAGCCUCACCAGUUGCGCUCAGCAUCACAGGCCCCUUGAAGACGCUGCUGAGCGGAGAGACCAUAAGUAAAUGGGAGCAAUCCUCCCCCAGGGUGGACCAUGGAAACAAUGAGACUAGAAAAUGCUUUGGAGAUUUAAAUGCUAUUAGAAUAUCACCAAUAAAUUAUGAUUGUUGUUGCAGUUACUGUAA